AAGACUAUAACUAAUUACAAUUAAGUUUAUAGAUAAGCAAUCUCAGAAUUUCACUUUCCGUGUAGAGAGGAGAUACCAAUUCAGAAUUGGCUUCAAAGUUUGAAUUUUUAACGCACCAGAAAACCAGAGGUUCAGAAAUUAGGAUUCACGAUGGGUCAAAUUGAAAGCGCAGAAGCUGCGGCGGAGACUCAAACCACCAUCAUCACCACCGACACCUCCAAACCAACUUCCUUGGAAUCCGCGCUCGCAGAAGCUGCAGAAUAUGGAAGUCAACAUACUGAGUCCAUCGAGGCAAUGGCUCAGAAAGCUCUCGAAUGCCCCUGCAUUGCUGAUUUGCGAACUGGUUCCUGUGGCUCUCAGUUCUCAGAGGCAUUUCUGUGUUUUCUCAAGAGUACCUCUGAAGAAAAGGUAUAUCUUACUUCAUAAUUCUCUUUCAUUACU